AUGAUGCAGGCCAUAUCCCAGCGCAACCUCAAUUCCUCCUCCAUCGCCAACUUUUCCACUCCAACGUCGUUGUCGUUGCCGUCGCAAUCGCUGCCAAGUAGUUUAUACUGGCCAUUCGACGCGCGAUCCUACUCCGCCCUCACGUGGGCGCCUGAUAACUUCGCUUACAACUGCAACCCUUCUGUCGCCGUUGUAAAGCCUUCUGCUGCGACUUUGACAAAACCCACUGGGCGCCGCCCGCGCCAGCCUGCCGCGAUAUCUCGUUGCACGGCUAGGACAAAGGCCAGAACCGCGUCUCCUGCGAGUGUCGGCUACAGGAGCUCUGGAUACAGAAGUGCUCCAUCUUCAGCACCUUCAUCUGCGAGAUCUUCACCUUCUUGCACGAGGAGCUUCUCCCCACGACCAAAGUCCAAGAUGCCCGGUCGACCUCCGAAACGGGCCAGCAGUGGCGAGGACGACGGCCAUGCGCCAGGAAAAGUCAAGCAACCCCGAUUAGAACGUGGACCCGAUGAUUUCUCCAGCGUUGUCAAGAAUCGAUUGCAAUCAUAUACACGCACUGGUCAAGCUUGCGACAGGUGCAAGGUUCGCAAGAUUCGAUGCGAUGCCCUCCCCGAAGGAUGCUCCCACUGUACCAACCAGAAUCUCGAAUGCUAUGUCACGGAUCGCGUGACUGGUCGCACAGAGCGAAGAGGAUAUAUGCAGGAAUUGGAGAGGGAAAAGAGCGACAUGCUUUCCCACAUCCGCGAUCUCGAAAAGUUACUCGACAACAAAGGCGUCGAAGUCAAGCCAUGGGAGUGGUCGCCCUACGCGCAGUACCCCUCUGGCGUAAACUUUGACGAUAUGGGCAAUCCAAUUCCAGAUCCAAGUACUGGCGAAACAUGGUCCCAGGUUGGCAGCGCAUGGGUCAAGAAUUCUGAAUCGAGCUCAAGUCCAACCUUUCCUCGUACGCUGGAAUCUCGACCUCAUGGCAAUCACCUUGGUGUUGGAUUCGACAGCGCUCCUUUGAGCUCAAUUGGAGGAACAAAACUGUCAAUUCUGGGCAUGACAGUCGACCUCGCAAAGUACGAGGACGACGAGCCCCCAGUCGAUGCAAAGCCCUCGGCGCCAUUGUACAACAAGUCGUCGCAGUCCUUCCUCCAAUCCGCCAUGCGCAUCAACCCUCCCAUGCACGUCGACAUGCCCUCUCGUGAAGAUGCUUUUACUUAUGCCGAGUGGUACUUUAUGACCUUUUCCGCCUUUCUCCCACUUCUCCACAAACCUUCAUUUAUGCGACUGUUGACGCGCAUGUACGACGAACCUAAUUUUGAGCCUUCGGUGGCGGAGCUUGUUACUGUGCAUAUGCUUUUCGCCAUGAUCUGCUACCAGUAUGGUACUCGAAAUUGGCAGCAAGUUGAUCAGCGCACUCAAAUGAAUGAUCUGUCCAAUAAGCAUUACCAUUUCGCUUUGAGCAAAUUCUUUGAGUUGACAUGCUCCCGGGAUCUAGCCUCGGUCCAGGCGAUGGCCAUGAUUGUCAAGCAUACCAGAGCCUUUCCCAAGUCUGGUUGUGUUUCGAUCAUCGCCAACAUUGCGCUGCAGCGGGCGCUCGAAUUGGACUUACACCGUGAGUCGAGAAAACCAGGUGAAAGCACCAAUCUUCAACAUGAACUCCGAAAGAGAAUUUUCUGGGUCAUCAUGACUGUUUACAUCGCUAUCAAUGGGCGUCGUGGUAGGCCCAUGCCAAUCACUAUUGAGGAAUUUGACGUCGGCUUUCCCGAGCCUAUCGCAGACGAGCUUCUUUCGGAUGAGGGUGUUGACACAUCCCGCAACAUUCCCUGCCCUUACUGGCCGGGAAUUGUCAGUUUCAAGAUUAUUCCAAUCUAUUUGGAGAUGUACUCGAAUAUCUACAGUGUCCGACGAGAUGCGCGCAAUUAUGUCAGUAUUGUCAGCGCGCUUGAAGCCAAGAUUGAGAAAUGGGAGGAUGAGCUUCCUGGCUUUCUGAAGCUGGAUCACGCCGAGCAGACAGAACAGACACGCAUGGCAGCUGUUUAUGCCAAAACAUGGGCACUUGAGUUUCGACUUUGUUUGCGCCAUCCCUCGGUGGCAAUGACAAGCGACAAGGCCAAGAUGGCAGAGAACAUGUCAAUCUGCGAGGAUGUUUCGCGACAGAUGCUUCAAUGUCAGCUUGAGAUCCAAAAGUGCAAGUGUCUCGAUACUACGUGGUAUCAGACUUCAAUGUACACUGCAGGUGUUUUCACCAUGUUGGCUGCCAUGUGGGAGAGAAGAUUUAAGACGACGCCAGAGGCCAUCGCUACCUUGCGGGAGGAGAUGAACGGCUGGGUCGGCAUUCUUGAGGAAGCCGGCUCACUGCUCGGGUCAGGAUCCAGUAUUGGUGCCGAGAUUGGAACCAUCAUUGAUCGUACAAUUGCGUGGAUCGACCAUGAUAUGCGCAGCAAGGAGCCCAAGAGCACCCAACCGUCCAUCACACCAGAGAUCAAGCAGGAACAAGCUGCUCAAUCCUCUACUUACCCAACCCCCCAGGUCCCAUCCACAGCGUCCAGUGGAAACACUCAAGGUGAAGUCUCUACAAAGAGCUACUUCCCAGAGCCUCAGAUGAAUGGACAACCUCCUUAUCCCACACUUGCCUACAACGAACCCACACCAAACGGCUUGCCUGCUUACGACGCUGGCACCAUGUUCUACAACACAACUGCGCAAGCCGCAGCCACGACAUCGGCCCUUUCGUCGUCUGUGGCGCAGGUGAACCCAAUGCUCGCCUUUUCUGGAUCGACCCAGGUACCCCAGCCUGACAUGCUCUGGCAGGGUCGCGGCAACACUUGGCACGACUGGACUUCGGCCAUCGCUGACACCCAGGAUCGGUUCAGUGCAUCCACUCUUUUGACGCUCGGAGGCAAUACACGAGAUGCCUCUACCAGCACAGGCGUCACAGCCAGCCCAUCGGCAAACGACAUUAACAAUAUACAAAACGGAGGCCAGUGGCCCCUGAUAAUCUUUGACCAAAUGGCGCCAAACGGAUCUUGA